AUGGCACCCAGGGAGCACCACCCCCAGGCGCUGAUGGCGCGCUUCUGGAAGAAGUUCCACCACAGAACGCCCGGCAAAGUCACAUCCAUCUUCCCCAGCAGCAUGUACGGUGCCUUCCACGAUGACUCCAUCCCCGCCUCUGCUCGCGUGCGCAACGCAGCCGGGAGCUACGACGAGGCCCGGGCCGAGUGCGCGGCCAUGGUCCAGGAGAUCGUGGAGCACUGCGAGGCCACCAACACCAGCUUCCUUGACAAGGAGUUCGAGCUUGAGCAUGACUACUACAUGGAGAUCGAUGAUUGUCUCCGCGGGCUCAUCAGAAAAGAGGAGAAGACUCGGCCUGGUGGUGUUCACCGUGUUCCUUGGAUCUACGAGAACCCCAGGUUUAAUGUCGACGGCUUCUCUGGCUCGGACAUUGCCCAGGGCGCUCUUGGCGACUGUUGGUGGCUUGCGGGACUUGGCACAAUCGCUCACCGUAAGGAUCUGAUGGACAAGGUCUGCGUCGCCCGCAAUGAGGAGUGUGGAGUUUACGGUUUCGUGUUUUUUAGGGACGGAGAAUGGGUCCCUACUGUCAUUGAUGAUAACCUCUAUCUCUCGAGUGGUGACUGGACCAAAGCUGGGACAGGCACUGAUGCCACGGGUAACAAGGCAAGGGCUUGGAAGAAGAACAAGCAAACGGGCUCGGGUGCUCUUUACAUGGCCUCGUGCAAGGAUGAGAACGAAACAUGGUUGCCAUUGCUUGAGAAAGCCUAUGCGAAGGCGCAUGGCGACUAUGAAGCCCUCGAGGGCGGCUGGAUUGGAGCAGGUGUUGAAGACAUGACUGGAGGUGUCUCAAGCGUGGUUCUGACGAGCCGCGUUUUGCGGAAGGACAAGCUGUGGCACGAGCUGCGCCAAGUCGACCAAGAUGAUGGCCAGUUCGUCUACGGACUCGCUGCAUCAUUUGGUGUAGGCACCGGAGAGCGGAAUGGUCUGAUGCUAGACCAUGCUUAUUCCGUUACCAAGGCAGUUGAGAUUGAGGAUGCGACCGGGCGAAAGAUCAAGCUUCUACAAAUUAGGAAUCCUUGGGGUCAGAACGCAUCUACUGGCUUGGGAGAAUGGCAUGGCCCGUGGUCAGAUGGAUCCAAGGAGUGGACUCCCGAAACAAUGAGGAAGCUCAACCAUCAGUUUGGUGAUGACGGCGUGUUCUGGAUGACCCUGGAAGAUGUACUGCACAACUUCCAAUGGCUCAACCGCACACGGCUGUUUAACGAUCAUUGGACUGUCGCACAAGAGUGGACCAGUCUUCCCAUUAGCUGGAUCCCAGGCUACCUCAACACCAAGUUUGUCAUCCAGGUCGAGAAGCCUGGCCUUGCUGUCAUUCCCGAUGAACGAUACUACGACGGCCUCGAAGGCCUUUACAGAUUUUUCCUGGAGUUCAUGGUCCGUUCCGAUGAAUCCGACAAGAAGAUUGCCGAGGCCACAUAUAACGCGUAUGAGGGUGAGAACCGCUCGGUGAGCUGCGAGGUGUAUCUCGAGCCCGGAACGUACAGUGUCAUCCCCAAGGUCCUUGCCAAGCGAUGCGGCUGGAAGUAUGAGCUGAGGGACGUUGUUAAGUCAUACGCGCCAACCAGGCCCCUCAAGCUCCAGCAAAAGGCCAAGUUCUACGACACAGCGCAUGCGAAGCCUGGGGUGAAAGACGAGGAUGAAGAGCUGAUGAUCAAGAAGUGGGAGGAGAAACAGCGAAAGAAGGAGCUGAAGAAGAAAGCAGAGGAGGAAAACGGCAUGAAGCUCGAAAUGCUUCAGAUGCGGGCUUAUAUUUCCGCUUUGCACGAGGAAAUGGAGAAGCGCGAGAAGGCGAAGGUCGAAGAACAAGACAAGCAAAAGACCAAGGCAAAUGAGACCCAGAAGCAAAGGAAAAAGUCACGCGGAAAGAGCAAGCCUGCUGCAGAAGAGAACAGCAAAGGGCAACGUGGGAGGCAGCAACCUGAAGCAGAAGGAGAAGUAGAAGAAGAAGAAGAGACACCAGAAGAAGAAGAAAAGCAGGAAGAAGAGGAAGAGCAAGUAGAAGAGGAAGAGGAGGAGGAGGAGGAGGAAGGUGACGACGAUGAUGAUUCUGAAUCUGAAGACGAUGACGAGGACGAUUACGAUGAUUCAAAAGACAGAUAUCUCUGGAAUCCUGUUUGCGUCAUGGGCCUUCGCGUCUACUCCGAAGACGAUCAGAUUGAAAUCAAGCUCGUCGAAGGCGAUGAGCAAGAGGAGGAAGAGGAGGAAGCUGAGGGUGAAGAAGGAGAGGAGGAAGGCGAGGAGGGAGAGGAAGAGGAAGAAGAAGAGUGA